AUGCACCGUUCGCCCAAUAUCCAAUGGGUGUCUGUUCACGUGGGCCCGGGGCCCUUUGAAAGUGAGUACAAGCGAUACGAAGCCGCUUACAAUAACCGCAGUAGCAUGCAGCUGGAGGACAAGGAUCACUCUGCUUCAAAUCGUGAGCGAUUGUUCUUUUGGUUGGAUUUCCGGAAUCUGCCGAUGUUGAAGAUUGAGACAUGCAGUAUUUACAUGGAGAUGAUCUUGAAAAUGAUCCUUAACCCCUCCGAGCGACUAGGCUCAUUGGCAUUUAUCAAUGGCCAUCCAACAUUCAAUGACGAUGGCACCCACACACCGACUGGGGACACAUUGAACUUCACGUUUGACUAA